UGUUUUUACUAUCAGCGGUUAACAAAAUGCUUUAAUUUACCAAAAAAAGAAAAGGGUCAAAACCUAAAGAGAUUAUAAUAUAAAAGUAAUUCAUUAUCGUUUUCAUAAAAAAUUUUCUGAAUUCCUUAUCUUCUUCUUUCACCCUUAUUUUAUAAUCCUUUUCUUUCAUUUAUUGUUUUAGUCAUUGGUCAAUUCAAUUGGGUCCUACUAUACAUAGAAAUUAUAUUCAUACAUACAUAUCAUAUAUUACAAUCACAAUGGUUGGAAUUACUGAACAAACUGCUAUUUUAGCCAAAUAUUUAGAUUUACCUCAAAGGGGUAAAAUCUUAGCUGAAUACGUCUGGAUUGAUGCUGAAGGUGGUACUAGAUCAAAGUGUAGAACUUUAGAUUCUAAACCAGCUAGUAUUGAUGAUUUACCAGAAUGGAAUUUUGAUGGUUCAUCAACUGGUCAAGCUCCAGGUCAUGAUUCUGAUGUUUAUUUAAGACCAGUUGCUUAUUAUGAUGAUCCAUUCAGAAAGGGGGAUAACAUUAUUGUUUUAACUGAAUGUUGGAAUAAUGAUGGUACUCCAAACAAAUUUAAUCAUAGACAUGAAUGUGCCAAAUUAAUGACUGCUCAUUCUGAUGAAGUGGUUUGGUUUGGUUUAGAACAAGAAUAUACUUUAUUUGAUCAAUUUGAUCAAGUUUACGCAUGGCCAAAGGGUGGUUUCCCAGCUCCUCAAGGUCCUUACUACUGUGGUGUUGGUACUGGUAAAGUUUAUGCUAGAGAUGUCAUUGAAGCUCAUUACAGAGCUUGUUUAUAUGCUGGUGUUACUAUUUCUGGUAUUAAUGCUGAAGUUAUGCCAUCUCAAUGGGAAUUCCAAGUUGGUCCAUGUGUUGGUAUCAACAUGGGUGAUGAAUUAUGGAUUGCUCGUUAUUUAUUACAAAGAGUUGCUGAAGAAUUUGGGGUUAAGAUUUCUUUCCAUCCAAAACCAUUAAAGGGAGAUUGGAAUGGUGCUGGUUGUCACACCAAUGUUUCAACCAAAUCUAUGAGAGUUCCAGGUGGUAUGAAAGAUAUUGAAGUUGCUUUAAGUAAAUUAGCUAAAAGACAUAAGGAACAUGUUUUAUUAUAUGGUACUGAUAAUGAAUUAAGAUUAACUGGUCGUCAUGAAACUGCUUCUAUUGAAACUUUUUCAUCUGGUGUUGCUAACAGAGGUGCUUCUAUUAGAAUCCCAAGAUCUGUUGCUAAAGAAGGAUAUGGUUAUUUCGAAGAUAGAAGACCAGCUUCUAACAUUGAUCCAUAUUUAGUUACUGGUAUUAUGGUUGAAACCAUUUGUGGUUCAAUUCCAGAUGCUGAUAUGACUAAAGAAUUUGCCAGAGAAAGUUCUGAUUAGAUUUUUUGAUUGUGUAAAAAAGCUUACUGUUUAAUAAUAUUUACAAUUAUAUUUUGUUUAUUUCUUUACUUUUCCUUUCUUUUCUAUUCAUUGUUAAUGUCGUUAUUAAAAUAAAUAAAGUUGAUUUUUAUUUAUAUAUAUAUAUUGAUAUAAAAUUUUACUCUUUAUCAAACUUCCAUUUGAUAGAGGAUUUAUCUUCAUUUUUUACUACAAUUUCCUCUCAACUCCUUUUUUAAAGUUAAUAUAUAUAGAUGGAUAUAU